AUGUCUCGUCUCUGGUCCGAUGUGUUCCAGUUGCUUACCUGCCUUUUCUCCCUGCCUCUUGGCCCCAAUACCGAAGGGUCUUCUGCCGCCUGUAGGGAAACAACCAAAUCCCCUAUACAAACUGCGUCGGUCACAGGUGUGAUGGCUCCCGUAGGCUUGACAACUUUAGUGCGCCGCCAUCUCCUUCUUCCUCUCGCAGACGCCGCCACCGAUUGGUUGAAUGUUCUGCAACUACUUGUUGACCAGGUGUUUGUUGCCCCGUCCACUGAACCGAUGGAAUCGGCUUUGCCUUCAAAAGUUGGGCUCCUCGCUGGUCGUUGGCGACGGCCAUUUAGAUUUGACCUGGUCGCUACAGAGCAGAUGAGUCCUGACAACAUGUAA